AUGACGGAAACGACGAAAGAGAAUUCGACGUUCGUUUCCCCGUCGAAAAUCCUGGUCAGUUACGACCCUUCGACGGCGAACGAACACCUCUCGGAACUUUUGAAAGAGAAAGACAUCACGCGAAGCGUGGAGUCGAGACAUCGGUACGCCGUGAUCGGGUUCGACACGGAAACUCGACCGACGUUUAGUAAAGUGGCGAAAAAGAACAAAGUUGCUUUGGUGCAAUUCGCGAGCAAAAAUGUGGCGUGUUUAAUCCAUCUGGCCUCGAUGAAUGGGAAAGUGCCGGAAAUGAUGACGAAGAUACUCAGAGAGAAAGAGUACGUGUUACUCGGGUUUGGGAUUAAAACCGAUUUGAAAGAGCUGAAAACGGAACAUUACGGGAACGAGGAUAAAGAGAGCGUCGACGUGAACGCUUUCAUCGACUUGGCGACGAUUUCGGAGGUCUUUAAACACGAACGACCGGGGAUGAAAGGCAUGGCCAAUCACUUCGGAUUGGACGUGGAAAAGCCAAAAGCGGUGCAGAUUUCGAAUUGGGAGAAUUCGCCGUUGAGAGAAGGGCAGGUGAAAUAUGCCGCGGAAGACGCGAGUUUAGGCGUUUGGUUAGCCGAGCGAAUGUAUGAAAAGUACGGACGACGCAAAGAUACUACUAAGAAGAAUAGCAACCAUAGCGAGAUAAAAGAAUACGAACACGAAUACGAAGAAAAUGACCGAUACGACGGGUUUCUCCAGUGGAUGCAUUCGUUUAGAAACGCGGAAAACACGAAGAAAUUGAACAAACGACAGUUGCCGAAAGACGCCGCCGCGUUGGUAUUAAACGCGGAGUUACAAACGGUGAACAAAUACGCGACGCUUCGAUUUCAAGACGCUAAGAAGCUCUUAAAGCAAUAUCACGACGGGAAGAAACACCCGACGGCAACGCUGUUUGAGUUUUUUAACAGUUUAUCGAAAACGUUGCCGAACGAGUACACGAAAGACGGUCGAGGAUUUGAAUUCGUCCGAUUCAACGAGUCCGUCUCGAAAGCGAAGAAAGAGGACGGCCAACCCCAAAACGUGUCCGUGUUCUCGUGCGAGUACGAUUGGACCGAUCUCGGGGAGACCGUGCGAGGGUGUUCGGGCUCAGGUAUAAGCUCGUCCAAGAAAGGUGCGAAAGCGGAAGCGUGUAAAGACGCGCUCGCGAAAUGCGAAGAGUGGCUGAAAUCGUUCGAAAACCAGUGGUUCGUCGAGCUCGCGUUGGAAGAGAAGCAGUCGCGCGUGUUAGGCGCUCAGUAG